AUGGAGGUGGAGGAGCUAGUAUCGGGCGAGGGGUGGAUUAGCGACGAUUCGAGCUUCUAUGGCGACGAAGACGAGCAAGAACGGCUACUUUCGCUGUGCGAAGAUUACCGACCAAAGCCCUUCUGGACGACGCAUCAAAAAGACCUAAACGUUGUCAUUGCGAAAAAGAGGACCAUGCCACCUGCGGAGCUUUUCAAUCCUGGCGAGGGACAGAUCGAUCACUGGCAGCUGGGCGAGUCGACAGACGACUUCGUCAAACGUCUCCCUCCUCUCACAACAUCAGUUAUGACUCACGAAUGGAUCUGGGUGAACAGUCCGUACCCUCAAAGCCAUCGCAAGUCUGGUCCGUUCAGGACUGUGGAAUUUAAGUCGCGUGGGUCCCAGCUGCUGGUACAGAGUCUUCAGACUAGAAACGAUAUCCAAACCAAAGGUGCUUGGAAAGCUAAAGGGAUGAUUACGCGAAUGCUGAACCAGGAAAGCAAGCUCCUUCAGCAGCGUAUCACCGAUCUGGCUGUGGAGACCAAUGUCUUGUCUGGCAAGUGGAUGUUGUUCCCUGAAGUGGAGGACAUGACCCGCGUCUGGCGGCUCGUGGUGGAAGGCGUCAUCCACGGUCGUCUCGGUUCCACUGCGAAAGUUGCUCCGGACAACGGCGGCGCUGGUGCACGUCUCAUCUGCGUCUAUACGAAAGACUAUCGCGAUAAGGAAGAUAUCCUUCGUGUCCUCCGAGAACUUGUCUCCAUGGGCGUCGCGGGCACUGGGAGACCGAUAUAUUACAAAACCGAUCCGUACACCUUGCUGGGCAUUUACCAAAACUCGGCGGCUGAGUACGGGUUACAAGCGAGUCUCUACUCGAGUCAGAAGAUGCUAGCUGAAGCCGGUCUGCCACGAUCUGCGCCUCCGCCCCGUAAACAGCAGUCGACGCUGAGCGGAAUUUUUAAGUCACCUGAUUCCAUGGACGUGGACUGA